AUGCCUCGUGCAAAAUACUUAAAAUGUGAUGUUUCCUUAACUAAAGAGGAUAAGGUAAAAAAUUGCGAUAGCUGUGUAGAUCCUUUUCAUCUGGAAGAAUGUUCUGGUCUAUGUGCCAGCGAAGUAAGGGCUAUUGUACUACAAAAACGUGAAAAUUUUUUUUUCUGUGAUGAGUGCGUAUUCGCCUUUAAAAAAUCCCCUUGUAGCUCAACAAGAUUAACAGAUGCCCUAGUACCACCUGAAUUUCCAUUUAUUUCUUCACCCACCGUGUAUUUACAGCCAAGUAAUGAUUUUAAUGAUGUACAUCAGUCUUUUGAACAGUUUCUUUACGACGCCCUCAUUGAACACAUUGUAUGUGAAACCAACGAAUACCAAAUCAAAAGAAAUUCAAGAACUGGUCAUCUACAACUUCUAACGAAUUGA